AUGGAAGCAUCAAAAGUGAUUGACACUCCUAUUGCCACUGCUACUCGUUUGGACAUGAAUGAAUCUGGCUCUCCUAUAAAUCAAAUCAUGUAUAGAGACAUUACUGGGUCUCUUCUCGACCUCACUGCCAGCAGACCUAAUAUUGUCUUCAGUGUGGGGCUAUGUGCAAGGUUUCAAUCAAAUCCCAAGGAAUCUCAUCUGAAUGCUGCCAAGAGAAUCUUGAGAUAUCUUAAGGAAACACAGAACAUGGUCCUGUACUACCCUUCAGGUGAUAAUUUUAAUCUUAUUGGCCUCCUACUGUGCUCAGCUCCUGUGGAUCAAACAACAGUUGGAAGAUUUUGUGCACUCAACAUGGCCAAGAACCCAGUUCAACAUAAAAGAACCAAGCACAUUGAUGUGAGACAUCAUUUUCUCAAAGAUAACAUGGAGAAAGGGCUUAUAUGCAUGAAGUUCUGUAGCACAGAAGACCAAAUUGCAGAUAUCUUCACCAAAGCACUGAGCAGAGAACAUUUUGAGGGAAAUAGGCUGGAGUUGGGGCUAAUAAAGCCUAAUUGA